AUGUCCAGCGCAGAUUAUGCAGCCGCUCUCGAUGACUGGUCGUCAGGCGACGUGUUCAGACCACCCGUGCCUACCACGUUAUUGCCCGGUAUAGGCUUCUCACUGCUCGCCGUCAGCUUUGCCUUGACCUUCUACUUCACGACUCUGCCAAAGACGACAGUGCCUGCCAAGGAGCUCCUCAUAGCAGCGGUCGUUAGCCUCAUGGCAGGCAUGGGCACGGUAGCGACGUUCUGUACACUUGGUAUCAGGCAAGCAUUGUCAUCACUGAUGCUAGGUACGAUGCUCAUUAAGGACAAUGCGCACAGCGUAUGAGGGCUGGACAGAUUCGAUAGACAACGAUAACAGGCAGCCCGCAAAAGUCAUGAUGAUGUUGUAGCAG